CUUGUGUGGACAUCAUGUCUUUGAUUUUGCUGAUUUACAUUUCUACACCGGCACCAAGUAUGGUGUAACUGCUCUGACUGAGGGCCUGAGACAGGAGCUGCGCGCUGAAAAGAGUCAUAUCCGAGCCACAAGCAUUUCUCCCGGUUUAGUGGCGACAGAAUUUGUAUCACGGGCCAACAAUCCUGAUGAAGUGGCUGGCAUAUAUGCCUCAUAUAAGGCUCUGCAAGCAAAAGACAUUGCCAGUGCUGUCACAUACGUCCUCAGUGCCCCUCCUCAUGUUCAGAUUGGAGAACUUCUGCUCGAAGCUGUACAGUAGGUGUCAUGCAGCUUUUGUUGCCCCAGCAACUCCAGGACCAGGGUAGUCUUCACAUUAAGGUGGUGUGAUUGACUCAUCUGACUACUCAACACAGCAAGAUCAAUUUACAGAAUACGGAAAGAAACAAUAAGGAAAUUUGUCCAAGAGUUAACUGUCUUCUUCUUAAAAAUGCUGGAACAUGAUGCACUUCCUCUGUCGCAUGUUUAACUGUGACCUACCUCUUAUGACAGUCUGUGAGGAUGUUACCGUCACUGUGUUUUUUUAGUGUCUUUGAGAAGUUGCACCAUGUGACCCUGUCAUAUAUUCUACUGGCAUUUUUUUUAUUUCUUUAUUACAUUUAACAAAGUGCCAUCAAACUGGUCAUG